AAUGCAACAGUCUCAAAGCAACUUCACAAAAAUGAACUUUGAUUUUAAAAUUUAGUUCAAAAAAGUCGAUUUGAAUGAGUUAAUUGUUCCAUUUUUGGCUCCAUUAAAUCAAUGAAAAGCCAGCCAGUGUCAGACGGGUACCAGUAUGCAUUAUGACACCAGGGCCAGCCCCCGUCAGAUUAAUUGAUUCAAAUCAAAAAACUUUGCCUUUGUUUCUUUGUUCUUGUUUUUUAAAAUAAGUUGUUUGUCAGCGAGUUUUGUUUAACAACCUCAUCACGUAGGACUGGUAGUUUCAUUAUUGGCGAGAAGUUGGCAAGUUGGCUAUCAGAAUAAUACACUUCUUGAGAUAUUUUUUUGUAAAUAUCACUGAUGCCUAAAUUCAUAUUAAUUUUCUUAAAAAAAGGUCACGAUACUCUCUGACUAAGACCGAUACAGUUUUGUCAAAGACAAAAUGGCUGCUAAUAUGUGUAAUCCAGUCAAUUUUUAAUACGUACGAAUUGAUAGUUGUAAAUAAAAUGAACGUUUUAUGAAGAGUGGUUUAAAACAUCUAAUAAACUUUUGAAUUAGUGGCAUUUUAAAAAUUUGGAUAGCCAAAUGUUAUCAGAACAGUACUCUAUCAGGAACUAUUAUAUUUAAGAAAGGAGCAAGAAAGGAGACUUUCAUAUAGUUGUCAUGGGAUACCUUUGUCACGCAACCGUCUCACCCUACCCCCCUCCCCCCAUAAAAAAAGAAUAAGAAAACUCUUGAUAAAAAUAAAAUGGUAAAAUAAAUGUUAAGAAGAUGUCCAGAAGCUUUGUAACCUAUUUGUAACCUUUGCACCGAUGUUUUCCCCCUUUUCCCCAUUCAAUGAAAACCAAGCUUGGGCACCCUUUGGUAGUGAUUUUGAAAUCAAUACUGUUGGGUUUCCUGUGUUCUGAACAAAAAUAAAUUUUUAAAAACAAAAAUGGCGGACGGAAUCUCAGAAAAAAUUCCAUCAAUUACAAUAAAAUGGAGCGGAAAAGACUAUGUUAUCGAUAACCUUGAGCCUAAUGAUACUAUUGGAAGACUUAAAGACGUUAUUAAAGACAAGACUGGCGUACUUCCUGCAAGACAAAAGCUUUUGGGGCUAAAAUUUAAAGGUAAAUCACCAGAUGAAAACACAAAGUUAAAAGCUUUGAACCUGAAGCCAAACAAUAAGAUCAUGAUGAUGGGCACAAGAGAAGAAAAACUGGCAGAUGUUCUCAAGCCAUCAGAAGAAUUGGUUAAUAAUGAGGUUGUCAAUGAUUUUGAUGUUGAAGAAGAUGAAGUAAUGGUGGAAAACAAAGAAGAAAAUUUGUCCAAAAUAGCCAAAAGAGUAUCAGACUACAAGAUCAAUGUCCUCAAUGAACCAGACGAAAACAAGAAACUACUUGUUCUUGAUGUUGACUACACUUUAUUUGACCACAAAUCGUCUGCAGAAUAUGGAUACGAACUAAUGCGUCCAUACCUCCAUGAGUUUUUGACAUCUGCUUUUGAAGAUUACAACAUCAUUAUCUGGUCUGCAACAAGUAUGAAGUGGAUUGAGGCCAAAAUGAAAGAACUGAAUGUAACAAAUAAUCCAAACUAUAAGAUAUGUUUUCUAUUGGACAGCAGUGCAAUGAUUACUGUUCAGGCUCCUAAAUAUGGAGUGAUUGAGACAAAGCCAUUGGGAGUUAUCUGGGGCAAGUACAAGUGCUUUUCUAACAAAAACACAAUCAUGUUUGAUGACUUAAGAAGAAAUUUCCUAAUGAAUCCUCAAUGUGGAUUGAAGAUUCGACCUUUUCGUGAAGCACAUUUUAACAGAGACAAAGACAAGGAGCUUUUAAAACUGAAAAAAUACUUAAAAGACAUUUCAAAACUGGAUGACUUCAAAUAUCUGAAUCACAAGUACUGGGAAAGCUACAGAUCCAGAUGACUCAAUCAAUGAUGAUACACCAGUUGAAAGAUCAGUGGAUUGACACAAUCCAUUAAUUGUAUAUAUUGACACUAUAUCUUGAUUAAAUCCACACAUUUUAAUUCCAGCAUCAUGUUUGAGAUAUCAUGUCCAGUAGGGCCCGAUUGUAGGAAGUGUGGAUAGCACUAUCUGUCAGGGCCUGGUUGUACAAAGCGAGAAUAGCACUAUCCAAUGAAUAAAUCUUAUUCAGUGGAUAAAUUUAUUGGAUAACAGCAUCGACUUAUCUACUGGAUAAGAAUUUAUCCACUGGAUAGCUCUAGUCACCCUUCAUACAGCCGGGCCAUGAUAAAUCUUGUCCAGUGGAUAAAUACAUUGGAUAACAGCAUUGACUUAUCCACUGAAUGAAGAUUUAUCCGUCAGAUAGCGCUAUCCACCCUUUGUACAAUGAGGGGUCUCUGCCAUUGGGGGCAAUGCACCAUUCUUUCUACUCAUAAAUACAAGUACGCCUUUCAUCUUUUAUCAUUUUUCUUAGGGGUGGUUUUCCAUCUUCACUAGACCACUGAAGUUGCUAAGGGGCUGAACAGCAAUUGGGGCGUUGCCCUGUGUUAAAGUCUCCGUUAUUUUCUAUUGACAAAAUAUUAAUGAACUAAACUAAACUAACAGGGUUUACAGCCAUUCUAAUCGCCCUCUAGCAAUUAUUUUUCUCGUGAUGAAGUAGAUUUUGGUGGACGUCAAUCAAAGUGUUUUCAUGACAUUCUAUAGGCACGUGCCCUUAUAGUUUUUUACCGACAAUGCUAUGGAAAUGCCUUGUGAUUGACGUCCACCAAAACCUUCUUCGUCGUGAAAGGGUGAUUUCCUGAAAUGUGAUUCGGCCACCAGUUUUAUGUUUUUGUGAAUCAUGAAAUGGCUAUUUCCAUAAAUUUGUUUUGUGACAUGUGAUUUGACCAAUAUAUUUUCCAGGAAACAUGAUUCGUACCUCCCUCCCCUUYACCACCCUGGCCUAACUUUCCAGACUAUUUAUACAUUAUAAAAUUCAAGCACCUAUUAAACAUUCAAAUUUCAAAAUUAAUUACAUUAUGUCAUACUAGCUUGAUAUCAUAGUCAAAUUAUGAAAAUCCCUGUAAACAUAAAAUCAUAUUAGUGAUAUCAGUGAUGUAUUAUUGCUGUUUACUGUAGUGAUUAGCAAUGACAAGUUUUUUGACAAUGCUAAAAAAUGUCAAAAUAGACCUUUCCUGAAUUCAUAUAAGAACAUGCGUAAUAGUUAUAUGAUUUCCGAGCCCAUCCCACAUGGCUUACAGCCUGGUCUUUCCUGAAUUCACUUGAGCGAGCAUGAAAAAGGGCUCCCAUUCUAGGCUGGACUUGAUGUGUUCAUUGAUUUUCUGUAUUUUAUAACAGGUCCAACCACCAUUUCAUAAUGACUCAAGGAAAUUCAAGAAGGGUUUAUUGAAAUGGAGUGAAUCAAUCAAUGAGUUCACCUAUAAGGUGAAAAAUAGAAAUGUUUUCUACUAACACACAAAUUCCCAUUCCAAACAAUUUCUUCAAUUCUCAUUUCAUUUUACAAAAUGUCCAGUAAAAAAAUCUCUCUAAUGCCUGUCUUUGUCCAUGAGCAGUUUAAAACUGUAAUAAAGACGAGAUCUUUGCC